GUCCCAACUACUCUCAUAAACCCCGUCCAUGUCUCCCAACCAACCAACCCAUUACCCAUCUCUCUCUCUCUCUCUCUCUCUCUCUCUCUCUCUCUCUUCGCAAUGCCCAACGACGCCGCAUUCCGGUGGGCUCUGGUUUGGCUGGCAGCAAUAGUGGUAGUGAUAGGACUGUACACCCACUCCUGGAACAAGAUGAUGGCCACUUAUCUCCUGGGGAUCCUCGGAAUAAUGGGAGUGCUAUUGCCCGAUUGGGACUUCUUCGACCGUCCUUUCUCUCACUGGAACUCUCCUAUCUCAUCAGUUGAUCAUCAUCGUCACGGACCCAAUUCUGCUCCCACACCGAAACCCCCCACAAGGUUCAGAAUGUACCCAGUGAGAUUGGUUGUUUACACGCUGGUAUAUGGUUUUGGAUUUUACAAGUGGUGGAUGUUCAUAUCAAACUAGCUAGUACUGUACUCUACUGCACUGGAGAUCGAUGUUUGAUCUCGAUCAUGAUACAUAUAUACAUAUAUAUAUAUAUAUAUAUAUAUAUAUAUAUAUAUAUAUAUAUAUAUGCAUGUCUGACAACAUGGGUUUUUUUGGUUGAUGAUGUUCGUUCACGCUUAAGUUAAUUAAGUAGUUCUGUUUAAUUACUUGCAAUGGAUCUUAUAUAGAUGUACUCCAUUAAUUAAUUACUGUAAUUAAUGCUGUGUGGUAA